AUGUUUAUAUUCAUGGAUGCUCCCGCAGUGAAACGUGCUCGUUUCACCAACCCACCGAGUGAAAUUGAUCGGCUAAGCAGUUUGCCAGAUUGCUUGAUAUUCCAUGUACUCUUGAAUCUUCCGACCAAAGAUGUGGUUAAGACUAGUCUCUUAUCUACCAGAUGGAAAACUCUCUGGAAAUACAUACCAGGUCUUGACUUGGACACCGACGAUUUCAAAGAACAAAACACCUUCGUGACUUUUGUCGAUAACUUUCUUGAGAGUAACCGCGGUUCGUCCUUACAUCGUUUUAAGUUAGCGUACGAUUCUUUUGACGUUGUAGAGCCUAACGCUGGUCUUGUCAAGCGCUGGGUCGACGCUGCUGCUGGACUUAAAGUUAAACAUCUCAACGUUUCGGACAAUUCAUUACAGAGCUGGGACCUCGUGAUGUCUCCAACAGUUUAUACUUGUAGCAGCUUGGUAACCUUACGGCUCUUGGGGAUAACCUUACCUGAUCCCGAGCUUGUUUCAUUACCAUGUCUCAAAGCUAUGGUUUUAAUCCUCGUUGAUUUUACCGACAAAUGGGCAUUAGAGAAGUUAAUCUCAAAAUGCCCAGUUCUUCAAAACUUUUGUAUUGAGAGAAGUCAAGGGGAUAACAUACCGAUAUUACGUGUGCAUUCUAAAUCUCUGUUGACCUUCAUGCAUGAUUUGGAUAAUCACCAGGAUUAUGAUGGAGAACGUAUAGUUGAAAUUGACGCUCCCAUGCUUACGUAUCUGAGGAUCCGUGAUGGUCUAACUACAAGUUUCAUAAUAAAGAAUGCACCUUCCCUUGUAGAAGUUGAUAUAGAUACUGUGUUUAACUUGAUUUCUGAAAGGAUGCUAGGAGUUGCAAAUGAAGUACAAAAGAGCGUUAUGGUUCGUGAUUUUCUCGUGGGGAUCUCUAAGGUCAAAGAUAUGACCAUCGCCUCCUCUACUCUCGAGGUCAUCUAUGAGUACUCAAGAUAUGUACAACUACCGGUAUUCCGUAACCUAUCUUACUUGCGUGUCAGGUUCGAUAGCUACAUGUGGGAGAUGCUGCCAGUCUUUCUUGAAGUCUGUCCGAAUCUGAAACAUCUUGUCGUGGGAGUUUCUGAAAAUCCCAAGAUGGUGGGGAUUACUGUUAUUGACAGGCCUUGGAAUCUGUUAUCAUCUCUAGUGUUUGUUGACAUAGAAAGGCAUUUGAUAGGAGAGGCGUUGGAGAUGGCACUAGUGGGUUACUUGCUUGAGAACUCACCAAACCUCGGGGUACUAUCAGUAAGCUUGGAUGACUCCCUGAAGAAAUCAGAAUCUGUCUCCAGGUUAACAUUAAGCUUGGAUAAUGCCCCGAGGAAAGAAGAAUCUGACAUCUUCAUAGAACUCCUUAACUUUCCGAGACUCUCUAGCUCAUGCCAAAUUGUUGCCGAUCGAUGA